AUGAUUGAUAAAAAGGAAAAUCGAAGGGGCAAGAGAGAAAAUCAGAGACUCAAAAUACAGGUGCUGCCCACUGAUCAAGAUAUCCAGUCUCAGAAGCAUGAUGAUAUGGAUAUAUUCUCAAGAAUUCUGGAAGCAAACAAAGAGAUCAGUGAUGUGCUUCUGGAGGGAGAUAUAGCCUUACCCAAAACAAGGAAUGCCAUGAAAUGCUUGAACGACUACUGCAAAUGGCCAAAAUCCCCAUCUGGACUGGUUGAAGUGCCAUAUACCAUUGCUAAAGAUUUCUAUGAUGAUGAGAAAGCAGUGAUUCAAAAUGCAAUGAAGAGCAUCGCUGCAAAAACCUGCGUCCGUUUUGUUCCACGAACCAAUCAAUUGGACUACGUCAGCAUUGAGAAUCAAAUAGGCUGCUCGUCUACUGUAGGGAGAUCAGGCGGUAAACAGCAGUUGUCUCUGUCCGUGGACGGCUGUGUUUCUCACGGGAUCAUUGAGCACGAGCUCAUCCAUUCUCUGGGCUUCCACCACGAACACACCAGGAGCGACAGAGACCAGUACGUCCAGAUCAACUGGCAGAAUAUUCCACAAGCAUCUGCAUACAACUUUCAGAAGAAGGACACAAAUAAUCUGAAUACCCCUUAUGACUACAACUCCAUCAUGCAUUAUGGAAGGACCGCCUUCGCCAUACAGUAUGGCAAGGAAACCAUCACUCCUAUUCCUAACUCUUCAGUGCAGAUCGGACAGAGACAGGAAAUGUCUAACAUUGACGUUCAGAAGAUCAACAAGCUGUACGAGUGUGGUGAGCACAUUACACGCAUGUAG